UAGCGGGCUGGCAAGUUCAGUCUUCUGGUUAUCCGCGCCUUUACCACCUCAUCGUUCCACCAACACCAAAGAAUCAUCGACCCGCAUAGCACACCACUGUACGGAUUGCACCAUCAACAUGUCCACCAUCACCUGGCCCCAUCGCUUCCUCCCCGGCACCACCGAAAACUUCGUGUCCAACGAAAUCUUCGUCCCCCAGCUAACAGCCGCCCGCGUCUGGCCAAACCUCGUCGACCCCGCGCGCUGGACAUCCUACUACUCCAACGUGGACCAAAUAACACCCCCUUCCUCUGGCCCAACCAUUCAAAACAAGGGCGACAGAUUCACUUUCGCUACAUUCGGCUUCCCGCCGCUCCAAGCAGAAGUGUGUGAAUCGGUGGCGCCGACAUCCAAUUCACCGGGUCGGUUGGCGUGGCGCGCGUGGCAGGAGGGUGACGAGGAGACAGCACUGGAGGUCUAUCAUGCGUGGAUUAUCGAGGAUAUGGAGUGGGGGGUGGUGCGCAUCUUGACCCAGGAGGUGCAGGCGGGGAAACCGGCGGCUGGUUUGGCAGGGAAGAAACCGAAUCCGAUGCUAUUGGGGCAUCAGGAAUGGGUAGAGGGACUGGCCAAGUAUAGUAUCGAGAAGUAGGGUAGGAUCCUCGUUGCAGUCGUCAUUAUGGAUGUCGUCUUUUUCCAGGUCCUCAAAUCUUUCUUUAUCAACUAAAAGUAAACCCAAUCGAUGCUACCAUCCCUUGCAGACCGACCAAUGGGGGGGAGAGAUGGAAUAGAAUGCGCUGCAGGUCCAAGCGGCAUGCCGAUCGCCAGGCAGAAGCGCAGGCAG